AUGCCGGUGAUGAAGGGGCUCCUGGCCCCUCAGAACACCUUCCUGGACACCAUCGCCACACGCUUCGAUGGCACCCACAGUAACUUCCUGCUGGGUAAUGCCCAGGGUCACCGCGGCUACCCCAUCGUCUACUGCUCGGACGGCUUCUGCGACCUGACGGGCUUCACGAGAACCGAGGUGAUGCAGAAGAACUGCAGCUGCCGCUUCCUGUACGGCUCCGACACCAGCGAGCACGUGGCCCAGCAGAUGGAGAAAGCUCUGGAGGUCCGAGAGGAGUACCAGGCCGAGGUCCACUUCUACAGGAAGAAUGGUACGGCCUUCUGGUGUCUGCUGGACAUCGUGCCCAUCAAGAACGAGAAAGGCGAGAUGGUCCUCUUCCUCUUCUCGUUCAAGGACAUCACCGACACGCACGGAAAAGGCCACCACAACAGCAAGAAAGAGGUUUCAGACGACAAGAGGUGCAGGAGGAAGAGCAGCUCCCACUUCAGCCAGGCCCGGAAGCGUGGACGCACCAUGUUGUACCAGCUGACCAGCCAGUUCUCAGGGGGGGGCAAGAGAGAGGUCAACCUGGGCGGCAACAUGAUCAACAAGCCUUCAGUACCGGAGUACAAGGUGGCAGCGGUGCAGAAGUCCCGCUUCAUCCUGCUCCACUACAGUGUGUCCAAAGCCCUGUGGGACUGGCUCAUCCUGCUGGCGACCUUCUAUGUGGCGGUCACUGUGCCCUACAAUGUCAGCUUCACGCCCUACGAUGAUAGUGUCACAGCCGCCCGCUCCACCAUCGUAAGCGACAUCGUGGUGGAAAUGCUCUUCAUCAUAGACAUCAUCCUGAACUUCCGCACCACCUACGUGAGCCAGUCGGGCCAGGUGGUGUAUCAGGCGCGCUCCAUUUGCAUCCACUACGCCACCACCUGGUUCUUUGUGGACCUGGUGGCUGCCCUCCCCUUUGACCUGCUCUAUGCCUUCAACAUCACCGUGACUUCGUUGGUUCAUCUGCUGAAAACGGUGCGCUUGCUGCGCCUCCUUCGUCUGCUUCAGAAGCUGGACCGCUACUCCCAGUACAGCGCCAUGGUGCUGACCUUACUGAUGUCCGUGUUUGCGCUGCUGGCACACUGGAUGGCCUGCAUCUGGUACAUGAUCGGACGCAAGGAGAUAGAGACCAGUGAGACCUGGGACAUUGGGUGGCUCCACGAGCUGGGCAAACGUCUGGAGACGCCCUAUGUCAACAGCACGGUUGGGGGCCCGACGGUGCGCAGCUCCUACAUAGCUGCCCUCUACUUCACCCUCAGCAGCCUGACCAGUGUCGGCUUUGGCAACGUGUGCGCCAACACCGACGCUGAGAAGAUCUUCUCCAUCUGCACCAUGCUCAUCGGCGCGCUCAUGCACGCCCUUGUCUUUGGUAACGUGACGGCCAUCAUCCAGCGCAUGUACUCACGCCGCUCUCUCUACCACACACGGAUGAAGGACCUGAAAGACUUCAUCCGUGUCCACCGCCUGCCCCAGCAGAUCAAGCAGCGCAUGCUGGAGUACUUCCAGACCACAUGGUCUGUCAACAACGGUAUAGAUGCCAACGAGCUCCUGCACGACUUCCCUGACGAGCUGCGGGCUGACAUCGCCAUGCAUCUGAAUAAGGACAUCCUCCAGCUGCCGGUCUUUAAGGGGGCGAGUCGUGGCUGCCUGCGCUCGCUCUCCCUUCAUAUAAAAACCUGCUUCUGCGUCCCGGGGGAGUAUCUGAUCCGUCAGGGUGAUGCACUACAUGCCAGCUACUUUGUCAUCUCUGGGUCUCUGGAGGUGCUGAAGGACUGCAUGGUGCUCGCCAUAUUAGGAAAGGGCGACCUGAUUGGGUCGGACCUGCCUGGAGCGGAGCAGGUGAUCAAGACCAAUGCUGAUGUGAAGGCGUUGACCUACUGUGACCUGCAGUACAUCUGUGUGCGAGGCCUGAAGGAGGUGCUGGAGCUGUACCCGGAAUACGCCAGCGUGUUCGCCUCCGACAUCCACAACAACCUCACGUACAACCUGCGUGAGGGCAGCCAGGACGAGGGUAUCAACAGGUUUUCAAGGUCACCCAGGCUCUCCCAUGACUCCAGGCUGCCCUCCAUCGUGGAAGCGAAGGGUGACGACCCAGACGACGCCUUCCACCUCUCUCCUGCCACUCGUUCCCGUCGCAACCUCCUGCUGCCCAGCUUCAGCAGCCCCGUGCGCCGCACAUCCCUGGGAAACCUCCUGGGGGACGAGCUGCGGCAGUUCAACGCCCUGCGCCGCUGCCGCUCCCCCAAUCUCAGCCGUGGCUUCCUCGGCCAGAUAUCGUCCCCUGUGCCGCCGACCAAACGAGAGCACGGCACCCCAGCCUCGACCUCAGCCCAGGCCGAGUCAGGAGCUGAGCAGAGGCCUCCGAAGCUGCUCAUCCCGACCGUCACCUGCUAUGCACCCCCAGACCUUAGUCCCAGGGUUGUAGACGGCAUCGAAGACAAUGGGCACACGUUCCAUUUUAACGUGGAGCACAGCGGGCCGAGAGCCAGCAGAGGGGGCAGCGUCCAAGACUCCACGCAGGCGAACGCCACCUUGUUGAUUGAGACCGAGGAGGUCAGGCAGAGUAUCAGUCAACUCAACCAUAAGAUGGGCACCUUAAACCAGGAAGUAUCUGAGCUCACCAAGGGCCUCCACCACAUGAUGCACCUCCUCCAGACUUACAUCUCCGUGCAUCACUACAAAGCCACACACCCGCACAGUGUCCAGAUGGUGCCCGUCCCCCAAACAGACCCCAGCACUGGCAUAUCGUUCAACCUACCAUCAGCCUACCACGUCCACAACGACCCUGGGAGUUACGAAGUCCACAGCCACCAAAGUGUCCCCCCCGCUGGCCACUGGAGCUACAGUGGAGCUGCGGAAACCCAGACAGAGAGCCACCAUCGACCUCAAUCACCCAGUCCAGCUGCUCACUCCUCUCCGCCCCUCUCUCUGAACUCUGCGCCCAACUUGGGCUCGUGUCGCGGCUCUGAGAGCACGAUCGCACCUGUGUGGACCCGCCCAUCUCUUGUCGGCGUCAGCUCGGGCUUUCAGGGUGGAGAUCCAGGCCUUGCUGGGGGGGACGUCUCUUCCGACAGACCUCUCGGUGCUCACCCAGCGACCAUCAGCCAGUCCCAGCCCACUUUGUGCCUGCAGCCUCCCAGUGAUAGUGAUGAACACUUGCAUCAUUUGUCCAGCGUCCGCACAGGUACGUCCACACACAGCCUGCUGGACUCGUCACUGAGCUCUUACCCCCACCUCUGCCUGCACUCAGAGUCCCAUCUCUGUUUACCCAAAACCUCACAUGAGGACAUAUGUGCUCUGAUGUCCUCCCCAACAUCUCAAAAUCUGAUCCAGAACACCUCCAUCUUCCAAAUCAAGGACUCUUACCCCUCCGUCCACCCUGUCUCUGCCUCUCCGUCCACAUUGCCCAGCCACCUUCCCAGAUCCUCCCUGGAUUCAGGGUCGCACCAAUCAGAAGCUCUUGAGGCCCAUCUACCACUGCGCGAACCGACCGCCACAGAACACAACAGUCUGGAGUGCCUACUGGGGAACGGGGGCUCUAUGGAGAGCAGGGACAGUGAAAGUGUGUCAUCACGAAGAUCCAGCAUCGGCGUGCACACCCAGAGCACAGAACAGUCGUGGUGUCUGGACCUCACAGAUUAG